ACAGCAACUUAUUACAAAAAUUAAUACUAAAAUUACAAAUAAACUUAUUGCACAUCUAUUUAAAAUUAAUUUUUCUUUUACUGCAGAGCUCAGCAAAAUUAAUAUUCAACUUAAUGAUAAACUUACUGCAGAAAUCAAAAAAAUUAAUUCACAUAAUUCUGGCUAUACUUCUGAG